AAUAAAACCCCUUCUUUCAGUACUCCACAACAGGAACAAAGCCAAAGAUGCGUCUGAUAUGGGAAGCCUAUGUAUUGUGGAAGAGAUGAGAAUGAGAUUGAGAUGCAUCCACCCUUCACCCUCUGCUCUACCGUCCUAUCUCAUAAACUCCAACUAUCAUCUUUUCUCAAGCAAAGGCAACUUCUCUCGUCGGAACAGCAAAGCAAAAGAAAACGGGACUGGAAUCACCUACUGCCAGUAGUCUUUGAUUUCAUUGACAAUAAUGUUAGAACUUAGAUUUUUUUUUUUCCAAUUUAUGUCUUUUUUUAAUUGUAUUGGAUGAACUUGGUUUUGUUUCUUUUGGUAAUUUGUUUGUGUUGUAAGUUGCUAAGCAUGUUAUGUUAUGGGAUUUCUACUCUUGUUUCUAUGGUGCUUCAUUGCUCCAUAUAUUCAAUCUACUAUCAAUUUGAAAUCUUAAAUUUUUGUAAUAUGUACCUUUCAUAUUUGCUUUGCUGACUUGACCGCUGGAGAACAUUUCAACGAAACUCCACUACCUUUUUCCACUCUUAUUGAAGUGAACAGAAAAAGGGGUUCCUGUCUAGGAAUCCAUAACAGAAAAGUACUCAGCUCUCAUAAAUCCUAAGUACACAAUCAGUAGGCAAUUGACAGGAAGAGAUCCAGGCUCUAGUCUCCGAUAAACUCCAAGUAGUUUCCUACAAGUGGCUGAGUUGCAACCUUUUGGUUUCAUGAAAUGUUUCAAAGAGGUGUACAAUGUUCAAGGAUGCAUUGCAAAGUGUUGUGAGCUGUGUGCUCUGGAAUGCUGAAUUUUUCAAGGCUUCAAGAGCUUUCCUAAAGUGGCAACCUUCAAAUAUUGAAAAUUCUUUAAGAGAUAACAGGUGUAAGUUCAUUAGCAAACUUACGUGAUUGUGCUUCUGCAAAGUUGAAGUCCAGUUGAGCACCAGUUGAUGAUAUUAAUUUUAAUAAAGAUUCUAAAGGUGAAGCCAACAGGAAAAGGAUGGUGGUUUUGGAUUCGUUGGGUGAAGACAACCAUAAAGAUGCCAUCAAUUUAGCAUCACUCUAUCCUGCCAAACAGCUACCAUGUAUUGAUCCAAAAGUUGCUAGCAAAAUCAAAAACAGUGAAAAGUCCUCUGCAACUAAGAAUGGAAAUCUGCUUUCUGAAACUGGUAUGAAUAAAUUACCUCGUAUUAGAACAAACAGCAUUAGUAACUCAACUUCAAAUAGAUGUUAAUUUUUGCUUCUUAGUUGAAUGAACUGCAUUCAUUCGGGCUUUACUUCUUUUUCCUAGCCAUCCCUCGUCAUUAGAUCUCAUUCUUUCUUUUGGUUGGACACUGAAUUAAAUCUGAUUCUACUUCAUCUACAAUGGGAGGCCUGAUUCACUAUCUUAUAUGGUCUGGAGGUGACAGCCUGAUUCACGCCAACUACCAAGAGAACCAAUUUGAGGCAAUGUCUUGUUUGGUACAAUCCAUCAUUCUUGAGGGGAAAGAAAAUCCGUUCAUGGAAUUACUCCCAUGACAAUCUUUAAUGCUGAGGAGUAUAAUGCAUCAACUGAGUACUACUGAGAGCCCUUCAUUGUGGAGUCUAAUUCAAACCAUGCAAAAAGUCAUUAUCCUGAGGUGAUUGGUGAACCUGGAUGCCAAAGCCAAAAAUGGCAAGAGCUAGGAAGGAGUUGAUGUGAGGGUGUUUGAGAGAUAUAUCAGCCUAAGAUUGAUGAUAGGUAGAUAUAUCAGCAAGUUUUUAAUUUAAGCAUACAUUCUGGAAUCCAACAGAUUGUUCUUUCUUCCCAGGUUUCGGGUUUUUCAGUUAACAGAUAUGGAAACCUGGCAAAUUAGUUAGAAUCCAACAUCAAUCCUCCAGUUUAGAGGGUCUUCUUCUUGACCAUGUGCCCAACACAUCUAUGGAGCUGGGAAUGGAAGCCAGGCAGCCACAAGAACUGCUUCACUUAGACAUCCAAUUUAAGAAGCAUCAUAUACUGGGGAGCUGGAUCUAGUCUGGUCAUCAAGAAGAGUAGUUCAUGACAUUUUACAAUAACUAAAGAUCAAUGUUCAGGAUUAGAAUAUGAAAAGGACAUUUGAAUACAUUGCUAAAUAUAGAAAGCAUUGGGGAGGAAGGACACGAGAUUAGAGACAAGGAAGGAAUGUGCAACCUAUGGUACAACGGCAACCUCCUCAAGGAGAUUCCAUUAAGAUCGAUACUGAUGCAGCAAUACAAGAGGGAAAGGCAUAGCCAGGUUUUGGAGUUGUCCUUAGGCUCUGUGACAGCAAAGUUAUAGGGGCUGUGCAAAGAACUUGUAGGUUUCAGGGAUCAAUUCUUCAAGUUGAGGUUAUGGCUAUUGAUUUUGCAUUGGGGAUGGGCAGAGAAUUUGGACACAGCAAUGUCAUCAUUGAAUCAAAUUGAUUUCAAGCCAUAAAAGUAGCCAUGUCAAACAAUGAUUGUUAUCUUCCUUUUGGAGCAAUUGUGGAGGAACUUCGAGCUAAGAAAUUCCAUUUUGUUUCUCUAUGUUUCCAGCAUCUAAAGCUUAGUGUAACCUGCAAGCACAAAAGUUGGCUCAGCUACCAUCCCCUCUCCACCAUGGGAGGGUGUUUGCAAAUAAGGAAUGUAAAAUCAAGAUAUUUGAUACAAUCAUAUAAAAAAUGAGUAAUUUUCAUCCCAUUAUUUUCAGAAAGAGAAAAUUGAUAUGUUUGGCAGUGGUAACCAUAUUAGAG